AACCGUUAGUCAAUUGUUUUCCAUUGUCCAGCAGACGACGCAGUUAAUGUCAAUUGGAUUUUCAAAACGUGUUUUCUUGACCACUUUAAGUUAUCAACGAUUGUGAUAACUUAAAACUUAUAACAAAAAUCUCAAUUUCCAAAAAUAAUAGAUUAAUGUUUUAAUGAUUGUUCUACAAAAUCUGUGGAAUCCUUAAAGUUGAAAGAAAAAUUUUAAAAGGAUCAAUAAUGCUGGAAGCAGUACCCGUGAUCAUCACGGUGAUCUUGUCGUUUGUAGUUAAAAAUGUAUUUGGUUCUACUGGAGAUCGCUCCCAAAUGUUCUACAGUUGUGUUAAAGACUGUGUGGAAAAAAAUUGCUCAGAUUCAGCACAAGAUUUCCAGUUGUCUCUUCCGUUAAGACUAAUGCAAUGGACGUGCUCUGAUGAAUGUAAAUAUAUGUGUAUGUGGCCAACUGUUAACUGGUUUGUUGAAGCUGAAAUUGGAGUUCAGCAAUUCUAUGGCAAAUGGCCUUUCAUUAGAGUCUUUGGUAUUCAAGAACCUGCAGCAGCAUUAUUUUCAGUUCUCAAUUUAGUUGGUCAUGUUCUUAUGCUAAGGAAGUUUCGCAAAGAAGUCAAUCCUAAUGCUCCCUUCUACGUUAUCACCCACAUUUUUUGCCUUAUAUGUUGUCAUGCCUGGUUUUGGUCCACCCUUUUCCACAUCAGAGAUGUCCGGUUUACAGAAAUUAUGGAUUAUCUGGGUGCAUUCAGCAUGGUGUCAUUUUCUGUCUACCAUUUUAUCAUUAGAUUGACUACUUUGAGACGUUAUAGCUCCCUGUAUUCCUUGUGCUCAGGAAUUGCCAUAGGAUUUUACUUUAUUUAUCACAGCUACACAACUUUCUUUGUCAAAAUGGAUUAUGGAUAUAAUAUGCUCAUCAACAUAGCUUUUGGAGCAAUCAAUAUUUUGGGGUGGUCAAUUUGGUGCUUGAAAUUUUACAAGCAAAGGCCCUACGUGAAACAGUGCGCAACAUUCAUUGCGCUGCCCCGACUUACUACAUAGAAGCUGCUCCUUCCUACUCCGUUGAACAGAAAUGCUACACUGAUGCACCAUUUUACUAGAUCCCAACCUACGCUACAUCUAGCUACAACACCGAAGCCUCUAAGUACUGCACCGAAGAAGCAUCAUGUUACACAACCACGUACGAUGUCCCAGUUUAGUACACAGAGGAACCCAAGUACUUCUACGGGAUUCGUGUUCAGAUUUAUCGGUUACUUUUUAAUAGUUGAUGAGUAUCGUGGAUGUUUAAUGAGAAAAUAAAUAUUUAAUUGCGGGUAA